AUGGCAUCCAAUGGCUCUAAAGGGACAGAGAUGAAGGGGGAUGAGGAGGGUACCUCAGCCCAGGGUGAAGGGACUGGAACAGCUACUCCUGGAGAAGAGACUGUCCUUUCCCAGACUCCAGCUGGGACCCAGGACUUCAAAGAGACCCCACAAACAGGCUCAGAUUCCACCAGACCCUCAGAUGAAGGGCCAGAAGUGGGAACAUCCCCUGAACGGGCAACAAAAACUUCAGAGGCCCUAGAAGGGACCCCAGACCCAGCCAAGGACACAGACUCCAUACCAGAUCCAGGAAGUUCACUGGCAGAACAGACCCGUGGAGUAGACUCGAAUGCUCAGCUAACACCAGAAACCCACAAAGAAUCUGUCCCAGACCCAGAAGGAAGUAAAGAGUCAGCUUCAGAAGGGAGCAAAGAACCUGCUCCAUUUCUAGAAGUGAACAAAGAACCAUCUCCAGUCUUGGGCCCACCCACAGAGCAGGAGGCCAAGCAGGAACCAGUACCUGACAUCAGGCCAGUCCCCCAGCCUACAUCUCCUGUCCAAAAGGCAAUGCCUAUUUCAACUGCCCCUGAGGACCUAACAGAGGACCUGAUAGAGAAACAAGAGAAUGGAGCAGUAGUGCCAAUGAAGGCUGGUGAAGGGGAUAAAAGCACAAUACCUCAACCCCACUCUCCUCCACCCAAGGGCCCCCCAGCCAAUGGGGCACCCCCAAAGGUGUUACAGCAGUUGGUAGAUGAGGAAAGAGGAGUUGGGGGGCAUGGUGCAAGGCCUGGCUCCCCCAGAGGCAGCCUGAGUCGACAGCCCAGUUCCUUGCUGGGGGGGCCAGGAGUUGAGGGGGGUGAAGGGAUCCCAAAGCCCCGUGACUACAUCAUCAUCGCCAUCCUAUCUUGCUUCUGCCCAAUGUGGCCUGUCAACAUUGUGGCUUUCGCUUAUGCCAUCAUGUCUAGAAACAGCCUACAGCAAGGUGAUGUGGAUGGAGCACAGCGCUUGGGACGGGUGGCCAAGCUGUUGAGUAUCGUGGCAUUGGUGGGUGGUGUCCUCAUCAUCAUUGCCUCCUGUAUCAUCAACUUUGGAUGUGAGGACGCGGGUGGAUGUGGAACGACCGUGGGAGUUGGUCCCGAGAUCGACUUCGAGGGGACCCGCGUGGAUGCGCGCGCCGCGGUCGCUGGGGCGGAGAGUGGGGAAGGGGUGGAGUUAACCCAGGUCUGUGCCUCAGACCCUCAACCUCCUAAGCUAGCAGUCAUUGUUGGGCUUCUUCCCCAGAGGUUCUAG